GACAAUCUCUGGAGGAAGUUAGUGUCUCAGGCUGCGGCGAGUAACAAGCUCGGCUCCUCCCGGACACUUUUAACUUUCUGUUGGGGAGGACUGAUCGCUGCUCUCCACUUCUGCUCUUUUUUGGAUCUAAACUCCACAGUACCUUCAUUUUCUUCUUCUACACACUCCCAACAGCUUCCUUAAGAGUAUUGUUUAGACAUUUUUUAGAUAGCCUCGUCAGUUGGUUUCACCUGUUGCAAGGAGAUGUUCAAAACCGCUGUGCAGAUGUGAACGUCUUACAGUAGUUUUAACUGAAAGUAUAUCGUUAAGAAGAUUGCGGUUUUCUUGUUUAGACUUCAGCCAAAGAAGUGUGUAUCUGGCAUGGAUCUGAGACCGGAUCACCCCACAGUCUCCUCCGCCUCCCAGGUCCACCCCGGAGCUGCAGCGGCGGCAGCGGCAGCAGCAGCAGCAGCAGCCUCCAUCCCCGUGUCUAUGGCCAGCAGCCUGCUGCGCGGGCCUCCGCUUCUGCUGCGGGCCGCGGACAAAUACCCACGCACCCCGAAGUGUGCCCGCUGCAGAAACCACGGUGUGGUGUCUGCGCUCAAGGGCCACAAGCGCUACUGCCGCUGGAAAGACUGUAUGUGCGCCAAGUGCACGCUGAUCGCCGAGAGGCAGCGCGUGAUGGCGGCACAGGUGGCGCUCAGGCGGCAGCAGGCGCAGGAGGAGAACGAGGCGCGCGAGCUGCAACUACUCUACGGCACGGCGGAGGGACUCGCUUUGGCUGCCGCUAAUGGGAUCAUCCCUCCGCGUCCGAACUACGAGGUGUUUGCUUCUGUGGGCAGCGAGAGCAACUCGGAUUCAAGUAUGCAGAAGUAUGAGCUGUUCCAAAAGAGCCAGCUCUCCGGCUCCGCCACCCCUCAGCAGGCUGCGGGGAAAGCGGCCUCAACUGAGAGUGACUCUGCCCCAGGCAUCUCGUCCCCGGACGGCCGGCACGGUGGCUCGGGUUCAGAGAACGGAGACAGCGAGUCCUUCAUCGGCUCGCCUGUCUCCAAGCCUUUAAAAGAAGGAGGAGAAACUCCCGGCUCCAUCAGCUCCCUCGGCUCCGACUCUGGCUCUGAGACCGAUAAAGAUGAGCAGGAACCGUCCCCGUCCUCUGCGGCCUCCCGCCACAUGAACGCCAUCGACAUCUUGACCCGGGUGUUCCCGAGCCACAAGCGGAGCGUGCUGGAGCUGGUGCUGCAGGGCUGCGGAAAGGACGUGGUGCAGGCUAUCGAGCAGAUCCUCAACAACAGCGGGGCUCAGACCCCCAGCAAACCCGGGCCAGAUGAGACGUGGACGGCAGAGAGGAUGCUCCAAAACGCUCAGCAGCUUCCACCAUCCUCCGCGUCCACUACAGCUCCGACCAGGCCCAUGUUACCAGGCGCUAUGACGCUCAGUAAUCGCUCUGCGUUUUCUCCUCUUCAGCCCAACGCCCCGCACUUCGGAGCCGACCCCAGCACCUACCCUCUAGGCACCCACCUGGGACUGAACCCGCUGCGGCUGGCCUACUCCGCGCACAGCCGGGGACUGGCUUUCAUGACGCCCUACUCCACCACCGGCCUGAUGCCCACUCUGGGCUUCAGACCUCCGAUGGACUACGCCUUUAGCGACCUGAUCAGGGACAGGACAAUGUUACACAAGGAACAGGGCUACGCCGGCGGCCUGUAUGGGCCUCUGGUCAACAACACGCCGGAGAAGCAAUGAGGUUUCCAGACUGACCUUAUAGAGACACAUUCCUCUGUAUUUGUAGCCACAAGUGUUGAAUGUUCUGGAGAAAAUCUGUCAUGUGUUUUGGCUGCAGGCUGCUGUAAAUAAUAAGAGUAUCCGGCUUGUAGUCAAAUGGCCUGAGAGGGAAAAAAAUCUAACCUCACUUAUGUGUAAUUUUGAAAAAUGAUUUUAUAUGUUUGACUGCAAACGUUUGGAUGACAUUCCCAACAUUAAAAAAUAUCUGGUAAACAAAAGACCUGAAAACAUAUUUAAAGAUUUUUAAAUAAACAUCCGUUAUAGUUGAAACUUGUGAAAGUAAACCCAGUUACGCUGACAGCUAAAAAAAAAAAAAGGCUGUUAUUACUGACUUUUAUUUCAGAUGUGCAGGAUUUAAAAUGAACUCAAGUCACAUAGCCCAUCAAUGGUUACUCAGAAUUAUAACUUUUAAAAGCCAAACUUACAUGCGCUAAAGUGCAUUUCGUUUUUAAAAUAAAGCUUAAAUUAUGCUUUGAAUUUCUGUCACACAUAUGGAAUAUUACAUGAAACAAACUAAGUUAUUAUAACCUGUAGCUUACGGAGUGUUAACACUAUUUCCUGAUGUAAAAGUUGAACUAAUAUUGUGUAAAUGACAUCGCCUUUUUUUCUCCUCUGUAUUAUUUCACCUGUCUCACUUUUCUGUUAGCUCCUUUCAGACUGCCUGUAUUAUAAAUCGCAUUUGUUAAUAUAAAAUGCUAUGCUAUGCUAUAUUUGACUUUUCAUUUAUCCGUUAUAGUCAGCUCAGAUAUUUUGUGGCAAAGUGCUGGAUCGAGUCAGUUCCUCUUCAGAUGUUACAAGCUGUGCUGUCACAUUGUAUGAACAUGCUGGAAAUAAUAAAUGUUAUUUUAAAGAAA